ACUUCGGAACCUGUGAUAGUUGGCUUCUUAACCUGUGAUAGUUGGCUUGAUUAAUUAGAUUUUAGUGUUAACAGUAGUUAAAUUCACACAAGAAUUGUACUUCGGAAGGAAUCUGGAACAAUUGUAUUUUUUUCUGAUUGUGUCAUUGGCAGAUGGAUAAGAGGUAUCUUUGCUUUGUAUCCCAUCGAAGCGUUGUAGUACUUGUAUUCAGAUUUUUAUUACAUGUCUCUUGUGGUUUGCAGGAUUCAAGGGGCUCAAAUUCACAUUACUACACAGAUCUUAUGACCCAGGAUGUGGAUGGCGAUUUGGAACUUUCGAUGCAGCCAGAUGCCACUCCAAGUAGUGGUGGGAAAGGAGCAUCCAAGCGGGGCAGCAACUACAGUCAAGAAGAAGAUAUCCAGCUUUGCAAGUCUUGGAUCAGUAUCAGCAAUGACACUAUCGUUGGGACUAACGCAAAACGUACUAGGAGAGGAUCACUGCACAUUUCCACAACUUCAAGGGCUUCCACUCCAAUCGGACUGCUAAUUCUCUCGAGCAUCGCUAUGGGGUCAUAAUAAAGGAGUGCAUGAGAUUUCAAGCGUACUAUGAGGAAGUUGAGCGGCGUCACCCAAGCGGUGUGCCUUAUCAAGAACAUAUCUUGGAAGCACAAGCAAGAUAUGCCAAAGCUUCGCAGGGAAAAAGCUUCGCAUUCUUCCAUUGCUGGCUCGAGGUGAGACAUACAAAAAAGUUCGCAAAAGCUGACAAGAGGCCAAGUAAGUCAAAAGAGAUCAAUCUCUCGGUAGGAACUCAACAAGGUGACGUAACCCAAUCUCCUACAAAGAAAGCCCGACCUCCGGGGCAAAAGCAGUCCAAGGAGAAGCUGAAAAAAAAUGAAGGAGGUGACGAGUACAAGGAUAUGAUGGGGAACCUAAUGGCAAUGAAGGCCGAGGAAGUGAAGUUGAAGAAGGAAAGGUGGGAAAAGGAUCCAAUGAUCGAACAACACAAGCUAGACAUCAAGGAGCGGCGUCUACAAUGGGAGCAAGAGCAGAAGAUCAUGUUCUGUGACACGAGCAACAUGGACGAGCAUCAAAAGGCUUACAUGUUGGCCAAGAGAGCUCAGUUCGCUAAGGCGGCGAGUGCUAGUGUAGGUGACACUGCUAGUGUAGGUGAAGCUACUAGUGCUUGAGUCAAGGUGCAGGUGCUAUCAGGAACCCUGAAUGGUUCCCAGUUUUCUUUCUUUCUUUCAUAAACAAUUAUUAUUUCUGCUAGUGCCAUAUGCCCUGGAAAAGUGAUGUAUUGUAGACAAUUGAUGUUGACUGGAGCUGAGCUGAGCUGAGCUGUGAAGUUGACAAUUAUUAUUUCUGAUUU